CUGUCUGGGAAUUCUUUUUAAUCAGAUAAAGGGCAUUGAAGGUGCUUGAUUAUUGGCUUCUUGUAAAGUAGUCAUUUGAAAGGAGAGAGACUUCUUGAGCUGAAACAUGAUUAGUGAACAAAUGGUAACAGUGACCCUCUCCUUGGACAGAUAGUGUAUUUUUAGGUUUUUCAUAAUCUUCUGAUCUGUUACUUCUGUUUUGAAAUGCAUUAGAAAAGGAAGACCUGGGACCUGGACUGACUGUCUUGCGUUAAAUGGCUCCUGAGCAGGAUGAGAGUGAAGUUGCUGAAUGUGUUGUGGUGAAAAUGCCCUUCCCUUCCUGUAAGAAGUGUAACUUGAUAAUUUGGGUUUACAUAUUUGCUGGGGUUCUUCCAAUUUAUUCUUUCCUUGAAAUGGUAGGACUAGGAAACAGCUGUCGCGGGAUGAAGUCUCCACCACUCCUCAUGGCUGCACUUGUGGCAUGCAUAAUUGUUUUGGGUUUCAAUUACUGGAUUGCAAGUUCUCGAAGCAUGGAUCUGCAGGAUCGAGUCAUGGAUCUGGAAGGCAAGGUCCGCAGGGCAGCAGCGGAGAGGGGUGCUGUGGAGCAAAAAAAGAAUGAAUUCCAAGGGGAGCUUGAGAAGCAGCGACAGCAGAUCGACAAAAUCCAGUCCUUGCACAGCUUUCAGAUGGAAAAUGCCAACAGAGUACACCAGGAAGAGAAGGCAGUGCUGAUGAGUAACAUCACAGUAAAUGAUCGAUUGAUUCAGAGUCUACGAGAACACUUGAAAGAGUUACAGACAGAAUAUGGAAAGCUACAGCUGGAUGUUUACUGGUUUCAAAAGAACCAGACUAACCUUCAGAGGAAGUUCUCAUACGACCUGUCACAAUGCAUCAACCAGAUGAAAGAAUUAAAAGAACAAUGUGAAGAAAGGAUAGAUGAGCUUACAAAAAAGAGUAGUGAUGUACCACAAAUCAAAGAAAACAAAGACUUGACAGAAGAUAGCCAGGUCGAUACUCAACUGUCAGCAUUGAAGCAAACGGGGUUCAAGCAGGCUGACUUGAAACAGCAAAAAAGCAGUGAAGAUGUUCCUAAAGCUGUACCUACAGUAAGAAAGACAGACCUGAUGCAGGCUCAAGAAAGAACAGACAGCUUAACCGACAUCAGAAAACAGGAGCCUAAGGGAGAAGAGGAGCAGCUUUCUAGUCAGUUGGAAAAACCUCAAGAGUCACUUAAGGCUACUGCAGGUCACAAGGAGAUGCCGCCUGAGUCAGAGAAGAAGCCAAAUCCACCCGAGGAUGAGAAACAUGUAGCUAGGCAAGACACAUUAGAGCCAGCAGCAGAGCAGGCUGCCAGUAAGGAAAUUGAGAGGGAAGAGCUCCUAAAUUACGAUGAUAAGCAGGAUGACUUGCCCCCUGGAAAGGCUGACAAACAGGAACGUGAAGCAGCGAACCAGGACAAGGAUGUUGAUUACAACUUAGAUGUGAAUGAAGCUGAGUCAGAAACAGACAAGCAAGCAGCACUUGCAGGGAUUGAAAAUGUUCAAAACCCUGAAGAUCUGAAGAACCACUUACCUGACCAUGAUGAAGGACAACAGAAGUUGUGAACAAAGGAAGUUCAUGAUGCAACUGAGUCACGUCUUCAUCCAAAUGCAGAAAUGAUCCAAGCGAAGUGAUCUUAGAAGAUUUUGAUUAUCUUCUAAAGACUUGACUAGGGGCCCAAACCAAGUAGUAUUUUGUGAAGUUUUAGUACUGUUGCAAUGGGGGAAAGAUGUAAAUCUCUGGUGGUUUGCUUCAAAGCAAUUUGGCCUCUGCAAUGACUUUCUCCUUCCUAUAAAUUAUAAAAUUGCAAUCAGGUAGCAAUAAAGGUAGUAACUUUGAAUUGGCUACUUUGUAUAGUCAUACUACAGUAUGCGUAGGUGUGGAUUGGUGGUAGAUGAUGAGCAGUCCUCUGCCAAGGAUGGAUCUCUCCCCUGAGCAAUGCACAGUAGAGAAAUCCCCAGCUUAGUUUUAAGAAUUUAAGAAGGAGCUGUGUUACUGUAAUGAAACACAGGAAGGAUGAAAUCCAUGCUGCAAACUACCCUUCUGGCUUCUUCUGGUACCUUUUUACUGCAACACAGACUGAGAAGGCACAACUGUAGUCCUCAGAUACUAUGCAGAAUGAUAUAUGGACCUGGGCCUCCAA